UUCGCACUGUUUUCCGCUGUGCGCCGGAACCGGAAGCGGCUCGCUCCUCUCUCGCAGCCGCCGCUGCCAUGCUCCGCCUUCUCCGUGGCUGCUCUCGGGCUUCUUCCCUGGUCCUCAAGACUCCCCGCGUGGCAGGUAGCCCCACUGUGUGGGUGACCCCGGGGCUCCUCACAUCCAGUUGGCAGGCUGAGGAUGGGGUCAGGAACUAUCGUACAUCAAGCUGCUGCUUCAAGAAGAAGGCGCCCAUGUUUCCCUCGCGGCCCCCCCUCACUCUUACCUACCUGCAGGACACCCCGAAGCCAGCCCUGUGGGUUGCUUUGACUGGCUUGGUCCCCUUUGUGGCUCCUCCCCUGGUCAUGAUGGCCAUUAAGUCCUAUGUACCCCUUUUGGCAUUUACCCAGAUGGCCUAUGGAGCCAGCUUCCUUUCUUUCCUGGGGGGGGCCAGGUGGGGAUUUACCCUGACAGAAGAUAGCCCAGCCAAGCCCGACUUCAGGAACUUAGCCUGCAGUGGAAUCCCCCUGGUGUUUUCAUGGUAUGCCUUCCUUAUAUCUGAGGGACUCCCUGAGGCCCUUGUCUUGCUGAUCUUGGGCUUUGGGAUAUCAUUGCACAGUGAAGUCUUCCUCUUGCCCCAAUACCCCAACUGGUUCAAAGCCAUGAGAAUAGUAGUGACUCUUGUAGCAUUUUUCUCAUUUAUAGCCACUUUGAUAAUUAAAGAUUUGUUUCCAGAGACUGGCAGUAAGCCGGGUAAAGCUCACUCUCCUGGCAAAUUGUGAGCAGGCAAGGUAUUAACUCCUUCCCCAUGCUCAGAAGCUUCUUGUUUUCUCUGUGUAAUUCCUGCAUCUAACGAUUGCCCUGCUCUGGAAAUCAUGUCCUUUUAUUGUAGUAGCCUGAGCCUCUGGCCCACAGAAUUGGCCUGUGUGUCUGUCUAUAGGCUCCUAAUUUCUGUUAUUUGAGUGAAUUGUUAUGUGUUUUUAAAAGUUCUAAUAAAAAACCACAAAGCAGCAUCCUUUGGCAAGGGCACUGUGUCUCCUUGGAGAUCAUCUUCUAUACUCUUGAGAGAAAGCACCCUGGUUUCGUGCUAGCAUCUAAGAUUGAUGUUUCCUUAGGUUGCUUCUGGACUUGCCCUUUGGUUGAUCUUGCCUGGUCAGAGAGCUAGGUGCUUGAUCUGAACUUCCUUCCUUCUGUCAGAAGGCCACAGCAUCAAAGAGACCAUGACUGCCACAGGAGGCCUUAACACCCUUGCUCUCUUAGUGGCACAGGAGGCCUAAUUCCAGGAAAGGGAAUGGCCAGGAUGGUUGCAAGGACUGAAUUCAAUAUUGGGGUUAAGAAGAAAUGAUGUAGAGAUAGAAUCUAUAUCACAAAGGAAGAAACAUCACAUACUCAUUUUAUCAAUAUAUUGUUUUAAUUAAAAGGCUCCAUUGUUCUCUUGACCUUUGUUUUGAGGCAAGACUGUCAGGCCAAACCCUGAUGACCCCCGCCUGCUCCCAACACAGUCCUCCAUGGCGGAGGCCGAAGUGUACUGAGACGGAAGGAAGAACUAAGGCAAGAACUGGCUUGGACUAGGAGAGCAGAGAGGAGGGCUGGAACAGGCACUAGGUGCCACCUUGAAAAACCUAGCCUGCCAAAUCUCAGGGUAACAACCCCUUGUGGGGACUUCUGGGCCAGCCUCCCGAUGAUUCAGGCUUUUCCCAUGCUGAGUGGUGUGCCAAGGGAGGAUAGGCCUUGACUUCUAACCCCCGCCCACAAAAGACAGAACUACUGCUGCAAGCAAGCCUUUCCAGUGUUUAUUUGGAAGCGGAGAAGAACGGAGUUUGCAAUGCUUUUACACACAGAUGGAUGCACUGGAUGCUCACAACAACCCUACUAGGCAGGUGCCUUCAAUCAAUCAAUGUCACAAUCUCCAGAGGAGGAAGCAGCGACCUACUGGCAUUUCUACCCCAAAAGUGUCUCUGCCAAGGUUUACUAAGGAAGCUUUUGGCCCUAAUAUGCCACA